UCCCCGCGUGAGACUGGGCCGGGCGGGUCGGUAGUGAAGAUGUCGGCGCCAACGAUGGAGGAGAGGAAGGCCUGCUGGGGGGCGCGGGACGAGUUCUGGCAGUGCUUGGAUAGGCACGCGGGCGAUGCCGCCAAGUGCGAGAAGCUGCGGCAGUCCUUCGAGUCCCGGUGUCCGCAGCAGUGGGUUAAGUAUUUUGACAAACGAAGAGACUUCUUACAAUAUAAAAGAAAGCUUGAAACAGAAGGAUAUCAUCCUCCAGAAGCUGCUGGGAAGUCUUAGGUACUGUACUUUCAAAAAAAAUCUAGUGAGAAUAACUAUGGAAUGAAGAAGGAGAAAGCAACAGAAGCUGCUUGAGCUCAAGAACUGGUAACGUGACCAUCUCCCUGAAAUGCAGGCUGCCUUUCUUGUUUGCACGGUCUCGUGCAUCUGCAAAAAGAUGGUCAUGGACAGCUUUUUCAUGAAUAUCAGUCAAAGAAAUAUGGGCUGUUCACAAAUCUAAGGUUUUGAAUGUAUAAUUAGUCAAAUUGUUUCAUAGGAAUAAAUGAUUAUUUAAUAGUGUAAUGUACAUAUUCUAAAGAGAACAAUAAAAUUUCCUUUC